GUGAUGGUAAUUGUCAACGAGAUUGUGGUGGGUUUGGAACUUGUAUAUCUAAUUGUUUAAAUUAUAGAAUGAAGUAUAAUUUAAAAAAUGGUAAUGAUAUGCAUAAAUAUGAAGUUCGUAUAAUUACUAAGGUUAUGCUUAGUAUAGUUGCAAAGAGAUUUCCUAUUCAAUUAUAUGUAGAAAGUCAGCAUAUACCUACAAAUAUUCUGAUUCAACAUGAAGUAGCUAUUACAUAUCUUAAUCUUAGGAAAAGUGUAAGAGAUCAGAUUAUUUUAAGUCAACGAGCAGAUAGAUAUACUGCGAAAGAAGUAAACCUCAAACUUUUGGCUCUAUUUAAUGGUAUAUCAAAAGAACAAUUAGAACAGAAGAAAAAAUAUAAAAUCAAUAUUUGUAAUGAAAAAAAACUUCAACAACUCUUAGAAUGA